AAAAUAAAAUAAAAUGGGGAAAGCAUAAAGCUUCUUUCUUUCUUUUUCUCAUUACCAAGUUUCUUCUUCAACUUCUUCCGACUUUUCCAAGUUGGAAUUUUUGGCUUGAAAUCCUUCGCCUAUUCUCUCCGCCGCCGCUUCUUCAUAGGAGAAAAUGCACCAAACUACCUUUGCGUUGAGUGGAUGACAAAUAUAACUGUGGGAUAUGGGAGGCUGCUGUUGUUCUUCUCAGAAGCCUCAUCUGCAUGGAACACCUGUAUAUUAUUAUUGUCCGCCUACAUUGGAAGAGAACGAGUCUUUAAGAGCUCACGAUGGGUCGGCCUCUACAAUGGCUGCAGUUCUGGUUAAUUUGAAUCUAGAAGUACCUGACACAUUUAGGCCACCUCCAGCACCUUUGCCAUAUGAUGGGGUCUUAGGGUAUCCAAAUUCAGCUGAUACAGAGUCUUUCAAGGAAACUGUCAGUGGGGACAGUUUUCAGACACUGCCUACAUGUGAAGAUCUUGAGGAAUCAGAUUGCAGAACACUGUCUAGUUCUUUAAUUCUUUCACCAAGAAAACCAGAAGCCACAGCAUUAAUUGAAUCUAAUAAAUCAUCAACGGAAGAAGAGGAUACAUGUCCUAUUUGUCUUGAAGAGUAUGACGAAGAGAAUCCGAAGCUUGUAACAAAAUGUGAACAUCAUUUUCACCUCUCAUGCAUUUUGGAAUGGAUGGAAAGAAGUGACACCUGCCCUUUAUGUGAUCAGGAAAUUAUAUUUGAUCAGACUUUUGAUCAAUAACUCCUUAUUCAAGAUAGAAUUCUUUUGUUGUUUGAGAGUAAAUUUCCACCAAGGACAUUGCAGAUGCAUAUUAGGUUUUGGUUCUGCAGCUGGUCAGACGGUGUUCCCACAAAUCGACUUUUACCAUUGUUAUAUGAAAGGUUGCAUGUAUUUAGGCUGCCAAUAUUUAUAUCACUUCUUCAAGGCGCUUUGACUCGGGAGAAAUAAGAAUCUAGUUGACACAAUGUUAAUGCAACUCUGGAUGUUGAUGCUCCUCUUCUGUGGUUGAAUAUUUUGUCAUCAGCUUUUAGAUCAGCGGGAGAAAGACGGUGUAAGCUACGAGGUAUUGAAGGGGUUGGAAUCAGUUUCUGAAAUUGAAUGUUGAAUGCUUCCUUUCUUGUUUGCAGAACAAGAUGAGUUUACUUGUUUAUAUUCUCUAUCAUUUCCCUGGUUUUCUUCUAUUUCUGAAAUUGAAUACCGUGUGCUACCUUUCUUUUGCUAUGGUUUUGUAUAUAUAUAUAUAUAUAUAUAUUGGUAUUUAAAUGGAUUUAUGAUUUCGGAUG